CACUGGGCUCUGGGGACCACAUGGCAGCCAGGUCCUGGGAGUAGAGCUGCCCAGAGCCCCCAGGUUCUGUGAUAGGGCAGUCCAAGGCCAGGUUUCCCUGGGAGAGGGUGUUUCUGUAGAUUCCAGCUCUGGGAGGAAAGGCAUCCCGUUUCCCAGAGGCUUCCUAUGUCCCCAUUUCCCCUUGGGGAUCUGAAUAAGGCUGAAAUCGGAGCAAAGCCCAGCUCCAUAGCCAUGGUGGUGUUUUUCUGCGUGUGCACGUAUCGAUCACUGUCUGUGUGAGGAGCUUGCCAAGAGGUUGUGAAGAGGCUGGCCUGGAGCCUGACAUAUCUUUUCUUUCCUUUGCAGAGAUUGUGGCGGUCUGGGAUGCUGUGUCUGAGUACAUCCUGGAACAGAUGAAGCUGGACAAGGGCGUCCUGGUUCCGGAACUCGGGAUCUUUGCUGGGGUCCGAGAGCAACUCCACAGCAAAGAAGAGGCGCUUCCAGUCCGAAGACCCGUCUUCGAACUGGAUAUCAGGGCGCUGUGGCUGCCAGACCUCCAGUCUCCCAGCGACAUCAUCCCUGACAGCAUCAAGAUUGAGCCGCUCAACUACCGGCAGCUCUCGCGAGCCUCUGGCGUCCCGCUGCACUUGGUGCCGCGCUGCGUGCGGGAGAGCGUCCUCUUCUACUGUCACCUCCUGAGGAACAAGACGCCCGUCCCGUUCGUGUUCAAGAACCUCGGCGUUAUGACCUGCCAAGACAACUUCCUCUGCAUGAGGUUCUUCUGCAGCUGCGUUGAAACGCUGGAGAGCAAUGCCCCCGUCCUCGCACUGAUCCACACCGUCUGUGUCCCUUUGCAGAGAUUCUGGACGGAAGAUCUUGCUGACUUCGGGCCAGAGACCACCGCCCGUGGGAUCCGCUUGUUCCCGAGGUUUCAGCUCACUGUGGAAAAGAGCAGAGCAGAGGCUGCUGCAGACAAGAAAUCCGCAACAGAGCGGAAGAUGAGUAGAGGAGUCUCUGCCGGCAGGCUGCUGCCAAAGCGGAAGACACUUACCCCCCCCAUGCUGCUGCAGCACGAGCCAGGCUCAAGGCAGCAAAAGUUGGCAAAGGAGCCUCCUACCAGCGUGCUCCCACCGUGUGCAGGCAGCUUCCGCAGGACAAAGACAGGAGAACAGAAGGAGGCGUCUACUGCACAGACCAGCACUGCACUCCCUGCCACCGAGGAAUCUAAGAGAGUGCUGCAGGAGCUCCGGGAAGUGUCUGCACUGUGGAAAGAAGCAGACCACACAUGGCCUGUGCACCAGCAGCAAAUAGAGCAAACACAGGCAGAAAUGGCAGCAUGGGAAGGCUGGAGCGUAGGGAAGGACCAGCGUCCGCCCCAGCUGUUGGCCAGGGAGAGCGUGCGUGUUCCGCAUCCUCCAGCCCAGCCCAGGAGACAGCAAGUGGGAAGGAGAUGGAGGAAGGACGUGGAUCCUGUGCCAGGAAGUAAAAUGGGGACGGCGACCAAGCUGGCACUGCAUGCUGACCUCCUUUCCCACCGAGCGGCUCAGGUGCUCCAGAAGUUGGAGCUGCACCUCCAUCAGCAAGAGGCUUUUGCCAGCACUGUGGAAAGAAACCGGCAGAAGCUGGAGCUGAAGCGGCAGCUUCCCAGGGCUCGAUGCUCGCACCGCUCCAGAGAGGAAGGUGCAGCCAACCGUGGUGACCGCGGUGGAGCUGUCGGCAAGGGGGCUGGGAAGCCGUCCAGAUUUCCACCUGUGAAUGGAAGAUCAUAGAAUCAAAGACUGGUGGGAUGGCCUGGGUUGAAAAGGACCUUGAAGAUCGUCUGGUUUCAACCCCCUUGCUGUGUGUGGGGUC